AUGAACCGUCUCAACCGACCCUGUGCCGAAAUAGUACCGAACGACCCCAACUAUGGUGCACAGUGGAAUUUAGCUUUAAUGAAUAUGCCAAAAGCGUGGCAUAUUGAACAGGGAAACCCAGAAGUAACGGUGGCUGUUGUAGAUGGCGGUAUAGAUAUGCAACAUCCGGAAUUUCGUUCGCAACUUUGGCGAAACGUUGGUGAAAUUCCGGGGAACGACAUUGAUGAUGAUGGAAAUGGUUAUAUUGACGACUUCAACGGCUGGGAUUUCAGCGAUGCGCCGACGCUACCGGGUAACGGCGAUUGGACAGUACGCGAUAAUGAGCCUGAAGAUGAAAUAGGACACGGCACCCAUGUCUCCGGCAUUAUCGCUGCGGAGGCGAACAACCGAAUUGGGAUUGCUGGCAUUGCGUGGCGGUGUCGUCUCAUGCCGUUGAGAGCCCACUUCAAAUAUGGGGGCGGCGGGUAUCUCCAGAAUGACGAUGUCGCUGCGGCUAUCGUUUACGCUGCCGAUAACGGUGCACAAGUAAUCAACAUGAGCUGGGGAGACACAGUAAACGCCUUCAUCGUAGAAGACGCUGUAGCGUAUGCUUACGCUCGUGGAUGUGUUAUGGUCGCGGCUGCAGGAAAUGAGGGGGCAGUCGGGUCCUGGUACCCUGCCGGACUUAAAACCGUCAUCUCAGUUGCCGCGCUUAGCGAGGAGCGGCAGCUAAACAGCGAUUCCAACUUCGGUGCGACAAUUGAUAUUGCCGCGCCCGGUGACGAAAUUCUUAGCACAUAUCUGAACGAACUUAUUGUGCAAAUUGACACCGCCCGAAUGUUCUCACAAGAUGCAGAAUCCAGUAAUAUUGAAAAAAUUGAGAUUUUUGGUAGUGCUGGAGGGAUCGGAUUCACUAAGUAUUGGAACUGUGAAAACGAAACCGAAAUUUAA